AUGACGGAUAGUCCUCCUGAAGACCCUUUGUUUAAUUAUAGGCAACAACAAAGGGAGAAUUACGAAUCUCGUAAUCAUUCUAACAAUAGGAACUCGUUAUUUCAAGACGAUGUAUACACUAACAUUCAAUCAAAUGAUAGGUAUUCCGAUGGCAGACUCAAUGGCGGUGUAGCCAGUGAUCCAACAUUCCUAGGGAGGUUAUUUGGAAUGCUGAGGAAUAAGGCAAAUACUUUAUCUAACUUUUUGGUUCCAAGCUAUUCUAGUUUUACGACUUCUGAAUCGAUAUCAACGGUUUUGUUUUUCACAGUUGUUGGCUUCUCCCUUUUUUUCUUAUUCCUGUUGUUGUUUUAA